AUGCGUUUCACAACUGGAAUCCUCCCUACUUUGGGAGCCCUUGCUUCGCUGGGCGAAGCAACUCCCACUUUCUUGACCGGAGGCGGCGGUGCUUCUGGCGGUGUCGGUGGACACCUUGGAGCUGGUGCCGGCGUUGAUGCUGGUGCUGGAGCCGGCGCUGGCCUUGGUGCCGGUGCUGGAGUCGGUGGUGCCGCUGGCGGCCAUCUCGGUGCUGGUGCUGGUGCUGGCGUUGAUGCUGGAGCUGGUGUCGGAGGAGGUGCUGGCGGCAAGAUUGGAGCCGGUGCUGGUGUAGGCGCCGGUGGAAAGAUCGGUGCCGGUGCCGGUGUUGGAGCCGGAGCUGGUGUUGGUGGAGGAGCUGAAGGUCACCUCGGCGCUGGUGCCGGCGUUGAUGCUGGAGCUGGCGUUGGUGGAGGAGCCGGAGGCAAGAUCGGUGCUGGUGCUGGUGUCGAUGCCGGCGCUGGUGUCGGUGGAGGAGCCGGAGGUAAGAUCGGUGCUGGCGCUGGCGUUGGUGGUCACCUCGGUGCUGGUGCUGGCGUUGAUGCUGGUGCUGGUGUCGGCGGCGGCGCUGGAGGCAAGAUCGGUGCUGGUGCUGGCGUUGAUGCCGGUGCUGGCGUUGGUGGUCACCUCGGCGCUGGUGCUGGUGUUGGUGGAGGAGCUGGCGGUAAGAUUGGAGCUGGCGCCGGUGUUGGAGGCAAGAUCGGUGCUG